GAAGCCACGUGGUCCUAGAGCAACGGAAUGCUUAGUGUGUAAGGAAAAUGGGAAUGAGUGAUGAAAUGGGGAAAGGAUUAGCAGAGGAGAAACGGGAAUGGGUGAAGAAAUAGGGAAAGGAGUAGAAGAGGAAAAUGGGAAUGAGCGAAGAAUUCGAUCGUUGAAAAUGGGAGUUUUGUCCAACAGGAUUUCCAGAGAAGAGUUAAAGCCUGGAGAUCACAUCUACUCGUGGAGGCAGGCCUACAUCUAUGCGCAUCACGGGAUAUAUGUAGGUGAGGGAAAGGUGAUCCACUUCACUCAAGGAGGUGGGCGAGAAAUCAGCACUGGAAUUGUAUUAGAUGGUAUCAUUUUCAGGUCAUCUCCCUCCCGACGUUCACCUAGGUCUUGCCUUGUAUGUGGUGAUGAUCAAUCAAGGCUUGAUGGUGUCAUCUCUUCCUGCUUAGACUGCUUCCUAGAUGAUGGCGAUUUGUACCUAUUCCAAUAUGAUGUUUCACUCGCUUUCUUUCUUGCCAAAGCUAGGGGAGGAACCUGUACUAUGGCUGCUUCUGAUUCAUCAGAAGAUGUUCUUCAUCGUGCGUUCUUUCUUCUUCGGAAUGGCUUUGGUGUCUACCACAUUUUCAAGAACAACUGUGAAGACUUUGCACUCUAUUGCAAAACCGGUCUACUAGUGACGACAAGCAUUAGUGUGGGUCGAAGUGGGCAGGCGACAUCAUUCUUAGCUGCUGCUAGUGCCAUUGUUUCUUCACCACUACGAUAUUUGACAACUAGCUUUAGCGGCCUGGCCGUUGUAGGUUUUGGAAUGUAUUGUUUUAGCCGGUUGGUUUCAGACAUCGGGGUUCGACGUGAUGUAGAAAAAGUUCCUGUCGAAAGGCUUGUGGGGGUUGUUUCCGAUUCUGGAGUACAGAACUAGUAUUUUCAUAGCUGGAUACGUAGUUAUUAAUAUUGUAUUAUACAUUAUGCAAUACAAUAUAUAUAAAAAAUUAUAUGAAUGGAUAUGUUGAAUUGUAUUUGUUCAAA